CGUGCCGGCGGCCCGCCCACUUCUCCAUCUGGCUCAGUCAGUCGCAGCCCGGCCUUCGGCGAAGGAGGAAGCGCCGCGGAGGCUAACCUACCCCACAGGAUCGUUGUGAGGAUAAAAUGGGGAGCAGGAAGAGCCAUGUGCUGCCUGGAGGACAGUUCUAACCAUUUAUCAUGUGGGCGACAUGCUGCAACUGGUUUUGCCUGAACGGGCAGCCCGAGGACAUCCAGCACCGCCCGCAGCAGGGGACCCGCGCGCAAGCCUACGCCAACGCCGGCUACAGCUCCUUCCCUUCGCCCACCGGCCCUGAGCAGGGCUGCAAAGGCUGUGGGGCCCGUUUCAGCAACACCACCCUUAAGCACACCUGCCUAGACUGCAAAAAGACCUUCUGCCUGGCCUGCUCGCACCAGCCGGAGAGCGGCCCCUGCCUCUGCCACCUCUGCGAGCGGUUCCGGGCCACAGCCUUCCAGCGGGAGGAGCUGAUCAAAAUGAAGGUGAAAGACCUGCGGGACUACCUGGAGCUGCGGGAGAUCUCCACCGAAAUGUGCCGCGAGAAGGACGAGCUGGUCUGUCUGAUCAUCGGCCAGCAGCCCGCUGUGGGUCCCCAGGGAGACAGGACUGCCCGGGUUCCUCCGGUGACAAUCGUCUCCCAUGUCCAGGAGCAAGAGGCCCCUGCACCUACCUCACCGGACUGCCCUCCUGAGUGGGCUGCGACAGACCCUGCCUUGCAGACUGAGGAGCAGCCACAGGCAAAUGGGCAUGUCUUACCGAGCCAGGGCGACAUGGCGGAAGUCGAGAAUGCAGUGGAAGCACUGACCGAGGAGGAGACACAGUCCACCGACUCUGAGGAUAACCUAGUUCCGGGGCGGAGGGCAUCUCUCUCUGACCUGACAAGUGUGAGAGACAUUGAUGCCCUCUCCGUAAGGCAGCUGAAGGAAAUCCUCGCUCGGAACUUUGUCAACUACAAGGGCUGUUGUGAGAAAUGGGAGCUGAUGGAGAGAGUGACCCGCCUGUACAAAGAGAAGGACCUUCAGCAGCUGGUUUCUGAUACGGAUGAUCAAGCUGCUCCAUCUGGCAACGCCACUCUCCCUGGCUCGGAGGACAACCUCUGCAAGAUCUGCAUGGACUCCAUCAUUGACUGCGUCCUCCUGGAGUGUGGCCACAUGGUCACCUGCACCAAGUGUGGGAAGCGCAUGAACGAGUGCCCCAUCUGCCGGCAGUACGUGAUCAGAGCUGUCCAUGUCUUCAGGUCUUAAGGGCUUUGUCCGAAGCAGGGCGGAAUAUCGUCUUAGAAGACUCACCCCACUGUGACGGAGAGCUGAUGGGUCCCAGCUAUCCAGCCCCUCCUUCCCUCCAUUCCUAAGGCGCCCCCUUACAGGUGAUGGGCGAGGCAAGGGAUGGAGGAACUGCAAAAAGACUCAAGAGCUGUGAUAGGCUGGGCUCCCCCCUCCCCACACACGUACGAUACUGUACAUUAUACCGCAGUGCCUGGAGAGCUGGAAAUCCUCAACAGAUCUCGAAAGUGAUGCGCCGUUCCUCCCUCUCUCUGUUUGCUUGCAACAGGGCAUCAACAAAAGGCGUGGCUUUCCCCCAGACGUUGAGGCUCUUCCCCUCUGGAGUGAAUAAAACAAGGUGGUCUAAAGAGGAAGAGAUAACUCGCUGCUCUCAGUUCUCUCCUCUUUUCUCUAAAGAGGCCAUUUACAGGGACAUCGGCGUUUUCAUUUCUGGGACUUGUUCCUCUUUUCAAAGCGUUUUUACAUUUUUUUGGUGAAACAAAACACAAGGACCUCUUCGGUUUGUUCGCUAGCCUUGCAGGUCAGGCUAAAUGCUGCCUUGGAUGCAUAAUCCAAGCAAAUGCGUGGCUUCCUGGCGGCCAUGGUGAGGAACGUCCCUCCCGUUCAUGUAAGGUGGGACUGGGAGCGGAUUUGCAACUGUGAAGGAGACAUUUCAGUCCAGUGUCUUGGCACAUGAGUGUCUUUGGGGCUACUUCCUUGCGUUUCACAAUUUUUUGUUUACCACCCCCUUCCUGUGAGCAAGCACAGUGGUCUUUGCAGAGCCCUGGGUUUACUUGUAGAAUUAGUUAUGUCUUCUGUUCUGUGUAGGAAAGGAGGGCCCAUACCCUUUGGAAUAGACCUUGACCAGAGCAGUUUCAUUUUGGGGAGCGGUAAAACCAGUCACCUCGUUCUGAUGUGUCUCUGAACUCCCCCAAGGCCCUUGUGCGCUGAUAAAUCAUGAUAUUAGUGUGAGUAGACAGUUAUGAGAUUAUUUUGUUGGGUCUCUGGCGACUCUCCGCUAUGAAACUGGAAUGGACAAAUUUCUCAUCAGCGUACUUCAGGAGGCUGAAGACUGCGUGCUAGUUGGCUUUUUAUUUUUUUAAAUGCUUGUUUUGCCUUAUGGAUGCCAAACCAUGGCAUCUCAGUUGCCUGUUUUGAGAAGGCAAGCCCAUUAGCCAUCUGCUGGAGUGCUGGCUCAAUUUGGAAGAGAGGACUUUGCCAAUGGCAGGGGAGAUUCCUGCAGGUAAGGGCCCCUGCCCUUUUACCCUGAAAUCAGCUCUCGAGUGCCGCUUCAUACAUCGCCCAGACGGCAGCCUCUGGUUUGUCAAUUCCCCUGAACAUGGACUUUUUUAAUAAUACAAGCAGUUGCCUGGAGGAGACAGAACAAUAUCCCCGUCUUAAGGAGAGCCCAUCUUCUUACUGUUAAUGGUGGAGCCUCUCCUCAGUAACUCUCAGACAUGGGUUUGGAAAUAUCCAGGGAGCAGCAGCUCUGUUUACACACAUUCUCUGCCUUUCUCUCCCCUGUGGUUCGAAAGCCUUAAACAACAAUGGUACUUUUUCUUCUGCUUGUUCUUUCCCUCAGCAGUGUCUUAACUCUCAAGUGGACCCAGUGGCCUUUCUGGACCAAACUCCAGGUAUUUUAAGUGCCUCGCAGAGAUGAAGGGUUGCGGGGUGGGGGUUGAAUAAUAUAAACUUGCCUUAAACUUCUUGAGUCUUGCACCGUUACAGAAAGGGGCUUGCGGGAAAAGUGUUGGGCGUAAAAUGUGUAUGCAGAGUGGUUGAGUGGGGCUGUAGACAGCGUAUUGCUGCUGGUCUUUGCUUGCCUGCGGGUAGACAUGUCCAUUGUGGAAAAAGGCAGGCUACAUCCUUCCUUGUGGCAGCAAGGCUCACUCUCUCUCCCCUCCCUGAAUGCUUUAGUCUUCAUGGCAGCAUAGCCUUCUGAGGCACCAGACAGUCUUUCCAGAAAAAAAACAUGUGCAUGCACCAUGUUUGAUAUGCACUAUGAUGCCCCAUUCUUUCCAAAGAUCUGGCUUCUGAACUGGACCGUUUGUACCUGAAUUGUGGGCCUGCAAAAUGAUGGGACCCUCACCCCUUGCUCCUGGGUAGCACCUGCUGCUGGACAGAUGUGCUGUCUGCAUAUGCCUCUAUAAAUUUUGCUGCCAGCUUAGCCAGUACGGACAGUGAAGGGGGGAAAAGUUCUGCCUGGGAGCGAUUAAACCAAAGAACAACUUUAAUUGGCUGCUGCUUUAUUUACUCAAGGACUGGAAGAUUUUUAUAACUCACACACCUGUGCCUAGGGGGAGAAGAGCUAAUCUUGCUUGUUUACUUGCCUCAGCAAUGGAGCUGUACCAAAACAGCACACCAACAGACUACAGAUGUGCAGAAAAGCCUGAGCAUUCUGUUAUUUCCAAUUUUCACAGCUAGUGGUGGAAACCCUAUGUGAGCCAUUCUCCCUUUUGAUCUUCCAAAUUUCUUUUCCCUUUGUAGGAAAAGCCUUUGCCAAUUUUUCUGAUCCUAACUUCACUCUCCAAGCUCUGGAUGGGCUGACAAGCUGUGGGGAUGGAGUUUAUAUGGGGUUAAUGUUGCAGGAAAGCCAGUAUCAGAGAAUGAUACUUUGUAUGCACAAUUCUUCCUGCUCCCACCCUCAAACUUUGGAGAAGUUCUUAUGUGGUUGCAGUUUUGAGGAACGAUUUAAAAAAGAUCAAGGGGAUGAAUUUUGAUCAUUUGUAAGGGAGAACUAUCAGUAAGGAAUAAAUUUGGGAUAGAUGGGGAGGCAGGAAAGAGGCAGCUCGUUAAAUGAGGAAAAUGUAUUGGUUUACACACAUGGGUAAAUUAAGUGCAUUAUUAGAUUUAACAGGGAACUAUUUGUGUCUAGCAGUUAACUCUGGAAAGCAGAGCUAGAUACAGGAAGAGUGUGUGGUUGGAGAUGGGAAUUUCCCCACCCAUUCAACUUGCUUAUGUUUGUCUUGGUAACAAAGUGCACAAGUUGGUCUUAACUGAUCGCCCCUCCUUCCUUUGCUGCAAAGCUGGCUAUGCUUCCUGGGCUGUGAUCUGGUGAAAGUGAUGCUGGUUUGUGACUUGGCAGGAAGCUGCUGCCCUAAAGCUGUGGAAAAUAAAUUUCGUCUGAAAAGUUUUUUGUUUUUUUUAAUACAGCAAAUGUAUGCUUUGUUUGACCAGCGUGAAAGUUAAGUCUAUUAAUUGAGGCCUGUUGAACCACACACAGUUUCUUAACAGAUGGUGGAACUGAAUCCUGCCUUAUAAUUUUAUAAUAAAAUGGAAAUGCCUU